AUGGCUUAUGACGAUCUUAUCGACAACUAUUUUGCUUUUAGAAAUCUCAAAGCAAAAUCUGAGAACAAGGAAUGCUUCGAUUGUAGUGCGGAGGAUCCGACAUGGACAUCGGUGACAUACGGGAUUUUCCUCUGCAUGGCUUGUGCAUGUACUCAUCGGAGCCUCGGUGUUCAUAUCAGCUUCGUCAGAUCAACGAAGUUUGACACAUGGAGCCCUAAGCAGCUGAGACCAAUGAUGUUUGGUGGAAACAAGCGAGCUCAGGUGUUUUUCAAGCAACAUGGAUGGACGGACGAUGGUGCAAAAGUGAAGGCUAAGUACACUUCAAGAGCUGCUGAUUUGUAUCGCCAGAUUCUUGCUAAGGAAGCCAUCGGAGAAUAUACUAAUAUGGAAUUGUUCUGGAAGCAUCUAAUGGAAGAGUUACUUCCUAAAGAAACUUCUUCUGCCGCUUCUUCUUCGCCUAAAGCUUCUAAUGCAGCAAAGGAAAAUCCCUACGACCAGGAACAAUUGUUUGGUACACAAUUGCGUUGCCCUGAUGCUCCAGCGAAGCUCUACCAACCACGGCUCUAUGUAGAUCCGAGAGUGGACCUCUUAUCAAGCUGGUUUGCAGAUUCCAACUCCAAGAAAUCAAGCUCCAGCUCUUGGAAAGCUCAUGUUGAAGAAGAAUCGGAUCAUGUUGCAAGAAGGAAGUUCCCAAACGCAAAGUCCAUUUCUUCUGAUCAGCUUUUUGGUUAUGAGAAUAUAUCAAAAACUAGACAUGAGGAGAAAGAUAUGUGGACGUCAGUGAAGGAGAAGAUGUAUACGACAUAUUUGGGUGUUGAUGUCUAUCGCCUCCGUAGGGAAGUGACAGAGUUAAAGCAGAGACUUGAAGCUCCAGAAGCUGAUGCCAUCCCUCUUGCCACCCGUAGGAAAUGGGUCUCGAAACUGCAGGUGGAGGUCUUCAAACAUGAUCCCUCGACAGGCAUCUUCGGUUGUGGCGCCCCAUGCCCCAUACUAUAUAGUGCCCAAUUGGAUGUGGUCAACUUAUUCCGGAAAUCAGUUGGCUUGGAAGAAUACAUUUGGGACAACUAG